GAAAUGCCGAAUGUGUAACUUAACUUACAGGACGCACUCAGACUAAACAAUUCUGUAAUCCAGGCACGCACUUUCUGGGAAAAGGAUGGGAAGACUUUUUGGUGCUUCUCACCUUCUAAAGCUAAGUCGAUCCACCACUCUUCUCUCAGCUCCUCUCUUCAAAAAUAGGAUUUCUCACUCCCAAUUACCUUAUUACUCAAAGACGACGACGUUUCUUACUCUUCGAACUUUGGCAAUCAUGGCCCCCGGCGCCGAUGAAUUCGUCAAAGGACAUGUCCACCCUAACGGCGUCGCUGUUAUCACUCUCGAUCGUCCUAAAGCUCUCAAUGCAAUGAAUUUAGAUAUGGAUAUCAAAUACAAGAGUUUCAUGGAUGAAUGGGAAACAAACCCAAAGGUGAAGUGUGUUUUGGUCGACAGCAGCUCCCCCCGUGCCUUUUCAGCAGGUGGUGAUAUUAAGCAGAUUGCAACCAAAAAACAGCAGUCAGAUAUGAUUGAGGUAUUCACAGCUGAGUAUCCUCUAAUAUGUAAAAUCUUCGAGUACAAAAAGCCUUACAUCAGCUUCAUGGAUGGCGUUACAAUGGGCUUUGGAAUUGGUUUAUCUGGUCAUGGUCGUUACAAGCUUAUCACAGAGAGGACUGUUCUAGCGAUGCCAGAAAAUGGAAUUGGGCUGUUUCCAGAUGUUGGUUUUUCUUAUAUAGCAGCACAUGGUCCUGGAGAAGGCACAGUUGGUGCUUAUCUUGCACUGACUGGAAGUAGGAUAUCAACACCUGCUGAUGCACUCUAUGUUGGUCUGGGAACUCAUUAUGUCCCUUCUGCAAAUUUGAGUGCGUUGAAGGAAGCUUUGCUUGCAACUAAAUUCUCUGAGGAUCCAGAUGGGGAGAUAAAAGAAUUGUUGGCAAAAUACAGUAGCAACCCUGAUUCAGAACCCCGUUUGAAGUCACUUUUACCCAGAAUUAUUUCUACUUUUGCUGGUAACAAGUCCAUUAGAGAGAUAAUAGAGGAGCUAGAAAAUCAUCUGCAAAGUGCUGAUACAUUGGUGGUAGAAUGGGCCAAGGAUGCUCUGCAAGGGCUCAGAAAGGGGGCCCCUUUCUCUCUCUGUCUCACCCAAAAGCUUUUUUCUAGAGUUGCAUCUGCACGUGGUAAAAAUGAGAAUGACUUGUCCAGUCUCAAUGGUGUCAUGAGAACUGAAUAUCGCAUUGCUAUAAGGUCUGCUCUACGGAGCGACUUUGCUGAAGGUGUCCGAGCAGUCUUAAUGGAAAAGGAUCAGAGUCCAAAGUGGAAUCCGUCUUGCUUGGAGGAAGUUAACCUUACUGAGGUGGAAGCUCUUUUUGAACCUUUGAGCCCGGAAGUUGGAGAACUGAAUGUCUAAGUGUGCCUGGAUAUCCUGCAUUUUUUCCAGCAGUUAGGAUUGAUAAAUACUCCUCUUUUGGUCAAUCUGAAUACAUGUGUAUGUGUCUAAUCCCAAAUGAUGCCUGUUCAAAUGUUGACAUUAUCUGUUAAAUGUGAUUUAUGAGGAAAUAAAGUGCAGUUGGUGAAACGGUUUAUGUAAAUACCUUUGAGGACUC